GGAAACAAUGGAACCAACUACGGAGGACCAGACUAAGUCAGCUCUCGCCACCAUGAUGCACCAAGUCAUCCUCACUUGUAACUGGCAACAAGUGGAGCUGGCUCNGCCACCAUGAUGCACCAAGUCAUCCUCACUUGUAACUGGCAACAAGUGGAGCUGGCUCGGCAGGCACGUACCAUCACCGAGUACGAGGAGACUCUUAAGAGCCUCCACGCCCGCCUUGACGUGCUGGAGAAGGAUGACGUGCUGCACAGGCACACGGCAUCGUCAAGCAUAGAUCCACCGAUCCGCGAGCUGGAGGAACGACUGGAUCACUUAGCCGCACUUGUCGAAAAUUUGAACAGUUUCCGACACCCGGCGACCAUCAGCCAGCAAAUAGCCGCCCUACAAGCGGAUCUGCGUCAACUGCAGCAACAACCAACUGGGACCUGCAACAACGUGACGCCGAAACAAUUCAAGAUGCCGAAGUUCAGCAUCGAGAGGUUUAAUGACUACCACAAGGCGGACCCCAUCAAUUGGUGGCAAGGGUUCACCAAUGAGCUCUCCAUCCACCUGGUCCCGCCCAAGUCGAAGAUCCCAGCACUUCACCUCUGCAGCACCGGUGCCAGCCAAGUGUGGCUCAACCACCUGGCUCAAACCGAGGGCGUCGAAGUCUCUAAGCUUUACACCAAUAUCACUUGGGAGACCAUGACUGCGAAGUGGCGGAAACGUUUCAUCGUCGACGACGCUCAGGGCAAAGGUGUGAACCGGAUCUUCAGCAUGCAUCAAGGCAGCCAGCCAACACGCGAAUGGCUAACCGAGUGGCAAAAAAUCGUGACAAUUCCGAAUCUGGACAUCCCAUUCGUACAUCUUCGUCGCGAAUUCUUCCAGCGGCCAGUUGACGUGUUGAGCACGGCCCUUGGGGAGCGCAGCCUGUACACGGACUUCGACCAGAUCGUGGAGAAGGCGCACGAAGUCGUCCAAACGAAUCGGUGGGCAGCCAACGAGCGGCGAAGCCAACCGAAUUUUGUGGAAAGGGGCAAAGGCCUGCAGCCACAGCAAGUCGCUGCUGUCCAAGGAAAUGGACAGGAGAACGACCAGGCGAUGACUCACGAGUCUAGUGAAGGAGACGGAGUCAACGCCCUUCCGCCACGAUGCAACAACAACAACAACAACAACAAGGCGAAAUUUGCGUCAACAACGGAAGCCGGACAGCCGAAUGAGCCAUGGAAGAAGUUCAGCCUCACGAAGGAGCAAUACAUACUCCGCCAGAGGCAAAGAAGACGUCCGUCCAUGACAAAGCUCGGUAAACCGAGUUUCGCGGGAAGUGAGGCGACUCCACUUCCUACUCCGUCGGACACGGUUGCCUUGCUAACAACCUCCUCCACGUCCGGGGAACAUGCGUAUAUUGCCAGUCUUCGUGAAGAUUAUGAAGACUAUGAUGUCCAGCUGGUCCCGCCGUUGGACCAACCUCUCCACGUGCAAGAGUUUUAUGCGUGCGCGACUUCAUCACCAUCGCCAAGUGAACCAGCAUCCUCGCCUACAUCACUCGAGGACUCGUCGGUGUGGUCUAGACUUGAGGAAAUCGACCCAUUGACACCGGAGGACUUCCAAUGGUUGCCUCUUCCCCCAUCUGGUUCUUUGUGGAAGACGCAUUGCAACGCCCUAAUGGCGGAGCUACACAACUACUUGCACGUUGCAGUACCAUCUCCGUUGAUGGAAGACGGAGUAGCGGUUGUUGACCUUCGCGAGUACAUUGCGAAGAUUGACCAUGAGUACGCGACGCAACGGUACGACGACACCGACGCACCAUUACUAUACGUCCGCAUUCAGAUCGGGAAGCCCACGCAAGUCACGUUGGUCGACGGUCAUACGCACAAGUCCAUCGACCGGUGCAUUGACUCCGUCCCCAUGUACUUCGCCCCGCUUGCACGUGAGGCCGUGUCCUUUGACAUAUUGGACAACAAGUUCGACAUGAUUUUGGGCACGUCAUGGUUGCGCAGCGAGGACCACCCGGUGAACUUCUACCGCCGCACCGUUCACGUUCGUGACCGGAAUGGGGUACUUGUGCCAUGUACGGUCCCCCCACCUCAUCCUUUGAUUGGUUGUCACGUGGUCUCCGUGGCAAGCAUUCGCAACUCCAUCACACGGAACGACGUUGAGGAAAUGGGCAUUUGUUUCUUGCACGGCCCCCCUCCUCCCGACGAGCCAGCGGCGGAACAGCCACCGGAUCCACGCAUUGUACAACUUAUUGACUCCUAUGGCGAUGUUUUUGAAGCCCCCGCCGAAAUCGUACCGAAUCGGCCAAUUCGUCACGAGAUCAUCCUCGAAGACGGGGCCGUACCUCCGCGCGGAUGUAGUUACCGCAUGAGCGAGGAGGAACUCGAAGUGCUUCGAACGCAACUUGAUGACCUCAUUUACAAGGGCUGGAUUCGCCCUAGCUUCUCGCCCUACGGUGCACAUGUUUUCUUCGUUCGGAAGAAGAACAAGGAGCUACGCUGAUGCAUUGACUAUCGCAAGCUAAAUGCUCAAACCAUUAAGAAUGCCAGCCCGCUUUCACGCAUCGACGAUCUUCUCGAACGUU